AUGGCUACCCGCCUUGCCCAAAGAGUCUUUCGGAACCUUGGACGCGUCGAUCCGCCCGGCACCGGAGGCGCGUGGGCUGCUGAGUUCUUAAUUCGACCCAACAGCACCAGUGAGGAUUGUUUGACGCUCAAUAUCUGGACCCCGGCCAAUUCGUCCAAGGCCCUCCCGGUUGUUGUCUGGAUUCACGGCGGUGGAUUCGGUGCGGUAUCGUACUUUCCUUUCAUAUUCACCUCGUCCGCAGUUUGUCUUCUGGACCAGCGGUUAGCUACUGAAUGGGUGCGGGACAACAUCGCACAGUUUGGCGGUGAUCCCGAGCGCAUUGUUCUCUGGGGUCAGAGUGCUGGAGCCGCAUCGGUCUCGUAUUAUCAGUACGCCUACUCCGACGACCCCAUUGCCAUUAGCUUCGUCAAAGACUCAGGGUCACCAUUUAUCCCGAUCGGAAGUACCGAUGCAGUACACGGCAACUUCUCUUCCCUUGCAGCCGCAUUCGGAUGUCAAGAGGAAGAGCUUAACUGCUUGAGGGAGGUUCCUUUCCGGAAAAUACAAAAGUAUCUCGAUCAAGCCGGUAAUUUGACAUUCAACGUUAUUGUAGACGAGAAGACCAAGUUUUCUGACUACGAAAAUCGGACUCUGGAUGGGAAAGUUGCCAAAGGCGUAAGUGUCAACCCCAUCCAGGCACGUAGCAGCCAUAUUGACUUUGUCAUCGGGAAGCCCUCGAUCGUUGGCUCGACCAGAGAUGAAUGGAACUUCGCCGGCAGCUCUACCAUUCCCCCAACAAAUGGUUCCGACGUGGUCCCCGACAACCUAUUCGGCUGCCCAGCACAAUACGAGACUAGCCUGCGAAACAUAGCUGGUCUCAAGACCUACCGCUACAUGUAUUCCUCCAACUUCACCAACAUCAUGCCCGGAGGCCAGGGUGCCUUUCAUUCCGCAGAACUUCCGCUUAUCUUUGGAACACAUGACAUUGCUCGUCAGAACUCCACAGAGUUCGAGUAUGAAGUCAGCGAGGAGAUGCAGGACUUGUGGUUGUCAUUCAUCAUCGACCCUGAAGAUGGACCGGUUACUGAAGGCUGGGAAGCGACGCCGCUCGGAGGCCUUGAGACACUGCAAACAGGUAUUGAUAUUGGGUAUAAUGGCUCUGUUGUACAGCCGUUCUCUUGGAGUUCCUGGCAGACCGCGUGCGUCCGCGGUGUUGUUGCCUGA